AUGUGUGUUCCUAUGUUAUUUUCGUAUACACAAUAUGUACAGACUACUUUACAGGAUGAACUUGGAUUUUGUACACAUCGAACAAAUAAUUUAAUUAAUGAACUUGAGAAAUUAGAGUCUAUUCAUCGCCCCAAACGUUCUCCUUCACAAUUUGCUACCGCCCAUCGUUUCUUUAUGUCAGGAACGCCACUCUCACAUGCUAGAUAUACUCACAAUAAUGGAAUGACUCGUAGAAAAGUCCGUCAAGGAGGCUAUGAGCAAAUUGCUGCAAGUUAUAGCGCCUCCAAUGGAGGACAUGAAGUACCUCCUCCAGCUUCUUUCCCACAAACAAAUGCUGGUUAUCCACCUCAGCCACCUCCCUCAGCUCCAGUGGCCUCUGCCCCACCACAAAAGGGCUAUGGUGGAGGUGAAAGUCAACAACAGCCAACAGUAGCUCCUUUAAAGUCGGAAGCGAUACAUCAAGAAGCACCAUCAUCACAGUGUUGCUCAUGCGGCAUCGGUCCAGUCGGACCACCUGGACCGCCUGGAGAGGAUGGUCGUAAUGGUCAGGAUGGUUCUCCAGGCCAAGCUGGACAGCAAGGCCAAGAUGCUCAGUUGUCAGAUAGUGGUUACGGCGCAGCGGAACCUUGUUUUGACUGUCCGGGAAUUCCCGGUGCGCCAGGGCCUCAAGGUCCAAUGGGGCAGCCAGGUCCACAAGGACCGAAUGGUCCACCUGGCUCGCCUGGCCAGAGAGGACAUGAUGGACAACUUUUCGAUGUUCCCGGCAUUGAGGGACCACCCGGCCCGAUUGGCCCGCCAGGCCCUCCUGGACAACCAGGGGCACCAGGAAAGAGCGGCCAAAGCAAGCCUGGACCUCCUGGGCCUAUUGGUGAUGCAGGACCUUUGGGUCCUCCUGGAAAUCCAGGUCAACCUGGACAAAAUGGCCAAGAUGGUGAUUCUGGCGGGAAGGGUGGCUGUGAUCAUUGUCCGGCGCCGCGAACUGCGCCAGGUUACUAA